AUGGCUGGCUACGUCACCACGGGCAGCGCCGCCAACCUCUCUGGCAUUGGCGCUGGAGGCCUCCUUCUAUGGUGUGGCUACUCGAGCCACGAAGAGGCCAAGAAGCGGCCACCGUCCAAGAUUUGGUUCCAGCUCGCGCUUCUCGUCACGCUCGGACUUGUUCUCCUGAGCUUGCGCACAGUCGUCGAGACAAACGACGUCGCCCACGGCGGGCUCAUCGCCGGCACGGCUGUUGUCAUGUCGACGCUCUACACAUUGCACCUGCUCGAGGAUCGCGACGCGUCUAGCCCCAAGGCCACAUCAGCGCAACAGCAGUGGUCGUACUAA